AUGUUACCGGAUGCUGUAUAUCUGGGAGUCCAGCACCAAGUUCAUAGUUACCAGCCUAAAGGUCGCGUUGCUCGUCUUGGAGAAAUUGAUGUAUAUGUCUCUGCGUCCAGCCAGCCAAUUCAUCCUCAGCAUGUCCUUGUCAUCCUUCCCGAUGGAUUUGGACAUGCCAAGCACAAUUUCGUUCUCGCAGACCUCUUCGCAGAGAAACUUGGGAUUCAAGCUAUGGUGCCCGAUUAUUUCAAAGGCGAGGGUCUUCCGGUGGAACUCCUAAAAUAUAGACGACAGCCAGGCGUGGCCAUUGGUGACCAUAACUGGCCAGAGGAUGCGAAGAACACGAUUCGCAAUACCAAUAUCGAAGUGUGGUUGACGAGGCACCCCCAUGAACGAAUCGAAGAACUUCUACGAGGCUUUGUAGUCGCAGUUUACCAGAUUGCCCCGAACACCACAUUCCUCGGAAUCGGUUACUGCUUUGGUGGCAAGUAUGUCUUCACAAUGGCAAAGGAAGUUUUUAAAGCAGCAGCGGCCUUUCAUCCGAGCUUCGUGAUACACGAAGACCUGAAAGGCAUUCGGGUUCCUAUAUACGUAGGGUUAGCUGGGAAUGAUGUGAUGGUCCCGGCUUCGCUUCCGGAGGAUCUUAAGUCUUGGAUACAGCAGGAGCAAAUUCAAGCCAUCCAGGAGAUAUACCCCAACAUGCCUCAUGGCUUUGCUGCUAGACCAGAAGCAGAGGAUCCAGCGAAUCGAGACCAGUUUGAGCGAGCCUUGAAGGCAGCGGUCGACUUUUUUCAACGGACGCUCGCCGCCUAA